UCUCUCUCUCUCUCUCUCUCUCUCUCUCUCUCUCUCUCUCUCUCUCUACUCACUACCUGACUCACUCACUUACUCACUUACCAACCCACUCUCCCAUCCAACGUAAAUUUCCUACGAUAAAUUCCAUUCCAGAACACCCAUAUCACUAUUCGACCACACCCCCACCAUCAACCCGCUCUCAUCCGGAGAGCCCAGCCAGCCCUACCAGAUUCCCUCGAACCCACCCAAACCACAAUGACCGAUUCUAUCAACAACAACACGCCCGGAGUAGGGGAUGAUGUCCUGCGCACCCCCUCCCCGCUACCCCCGGCCCCAAUGCAAGACUACACGUUCCCCGAACACCGCUUGAAGCGCCGAAUGGACGACCCGGAGAAGACCCCAUUGCUGCUGGUCGCCUGUGGCUCCUUCUCCCCGAUCACCUACCUGCACCUGCGCAUGUUCGAGAUGGCGGCCGACUACGUCAAAUUCAGCACCGACUUUGAGAUUGUGGGCGGGUAUCUGUCGCCCGUGUCGGACGCCUAUCGCAAGGCCGGAUUGGCGAACGCUGAGCAUCGUGUGGCGAUGUGCCAACUCGCCGUCGACCAGACCUCCGACUGGCUGAUGGUCGACACCUGGGAACCCAUGCAGAAGGAAUACCAACCCACCGCCGUGGUCCUGGACCACUUCGACCACGAGAUCAACACCGUCCGCCACGGAAUCGAGGCCGGAGAUGGCACGCGCAAGCCCAUCCAGAUCGCUCUGCUGGCCGGCGCAGAUCUGGUGCACACCAUGUCCACCCCGGGGGUUUGGAGCGAGAAGGAUCUUGAUCACAUCCUUGGCAAAUACGGCACCUUCAUCGUCGAACGCAGCGGAACCGACAUCGAUGAAGCGCUCGCCGCCCUCCAGACCUGGAAGAAGAACAUCCAUGUCAUCCAGCAACUCAUCCAAAAUGACGUCAGCAGCACCAAGAUACGCCUCUUCCUACGCCGUGACAUGAGCGUCCGCUACCUGAUCCCCGUCCCCGUCAUCCAUUAUAUCGAACAACACAAUCUCUACAAGGAUGAUGGAACUGCCGACAAGGGGAAGGGCCGGCAGGAGCCGGGUUCGUCGGGUUGAUAGAAACCUUGUUCUUCCCUCCCCGCGCGCCCUGCCCCCCCCCCCUCCUCCCC